AUGAUAAUCGGCGAAGAAGACACGCCGAUGAACAGGAUCUCAAUCGACGAUUUUGUCUCCUCUGUGCAAGGUAAAAUUUCGUCAACAGUCGGUGCGGUUGGCGGAGUCACUGACCUGCUCUGGCUGGUCUCUGUCCCUUCGUCUCCUUCUUCCUCCAUCUCUAAAAAUAAGGAUAGUGGAUUUCCUGUAUGGCUUAAGUAUAUUCCAGGGAUUAGCUUCAGAACAGAUAAUGGUCCUUUGAAGUGUCGACUGGAGCUUGAGCACUCAUCUCCCAACACAGAGAGACCACCACUUGUUUUUGUUGAGGAAUCAGACUGUUGGAGAUUCAUUAAGACCGUGAGGGUUCUUGCUGAGAUUUUCAAGAAUAAUAUGGUCAACGAAACUACAAGGCAGAGUAUAGUUCAGGUGCUUAUGAAUCCCAUCACUCCACCUGAGAGGAAUACCGACGCUAUGCACUUUUUUCUGACCUCCAUUGGGAAACUAUCUGAUUUCCAGUUUUCUGAUCAAACUUUCAAGCAGCAGUUCUUGCAAAGCUCUUGGGCUGUAGAGCUGGAGAGCAAUUACAAUGAAGAAGUCAAGCUUAGGAAAGAAGCACAGGUUGCACUUGCUAGAGAAACAGAGGACAAUGAGUUGAUGAAACGGUUACUUGAGUCUUACAAGGAAGAACAAGGUUAA